UUAAUAUAGUAUUUAAUAAAAUUUUUUAUAUUUUAAUUAUCUAAUAGUAUUUCCUACCAAUUCUAGCGGAUGCUUAUCUUUUAUAUGCUUUUUUAAUGAAUUUAGAUGUCUAUAUGCACAUGGGCACAAUUUGCAUUUGAAUGUGUUUACUUCUGAAUGGCAAUACAUGUGAACAUCAAAUUUUGAUUUGUAUUGAAAUUUUUUUCCACAAACUUCGCACGUAAAUUUAUAUAAGUUAUUUGAUUCCUAUUAAAUAAGUAAGAAUAUAAUACAGUAAAAGUCAAUUAAUCCACCACUUGAUAAUCCCGAAUGCUGGAUAAUCAAGUGCUGGAUGCCUGUGACUGUACCGAUAUUUGUGUGUUGUUCUGAAUUUUGAAUAUAAAAUUAUUCUGAAUAGAAAAUUAAUAAUUAAUAAGUAUGCAACGUUCACCAAUAAAACGUGGUAGACCGCCAACUAAUAGAAGCAAACCGGAAAGCAAAAAGACGCAACCAGUUUGGCCUAAUGAUCUGUUCACCUUAAUAUAAUCGAUAAGUGCCGCCGUAACUUAUCAAUUGCAAUUUCAGGACACGCUUCCUGUUACAUAAGAGUUGACCGUUACGAUUUGAAAUGGACCGUUCCCAUUCGUAACGAAAUCGGGACGAGGAAGUUGGUCAUGAGGGCAUUAAAGCGGCGUGAUGUAACGGUUUUAGUCGAUAAAACUAAUCGAGGAUCACUUAUUUAUCCUUGCUUAUAUAGCAUUUUAUUUUAAAGUUAUAAAACUUUAUUUUAAAGUUACGGUAAUAAUUUAGGAAAAAUUACAAUUAUAUCUUUUAUUUCAAUCAGUUUUCUUUCUUUCAAUGCCUGUUUAUAUUUAUUUUAUUGUAAUUUUAUUCAAAAAACAAAGAAAUAAACAUAUCAAUGUGCUAACCGAGGGGGCUGAAGUGGAGAGCUUCUCCCCACUUAUCGGCUUGGCUGUCAGGAAAUGGCUAUAGGAGGGCUAAAAAUAUGAAUGGGGAGGAGUCGGAAAUCGUGAGCAGGUGUCCAAUUGAUUACACAGGUUUAAAAUAGACAACACAUUUAAUAAACAGAUCAGAAAUUAUACAUAAAGAUAAUAAAUAUAACACUCGCGUAUCAAGAUAUAAAUAGGUAUUCUAAAAUCAACCUAACGCUAAAAUUCGAAAGAGAGCUCACAUUAGAGAGAGAUAAAUAAUAAUGGCAAGGGUUUACCUCAUAGGAAACAUUCUCAUAUUAUAGGGCGUUGAUAAAACACUCUGUGAUCAUCGUCUUCUACUCCGAGGUGUCCCUUGAAGGCUAUGUGGAGCGAUGUCUUCUCAGGUCGUGCGGCUAUGUCCGGUUACAGUGUAUGCUCCGUCGCUCCCAAUCUGUAGAGUUCUUCCUUGGGCGAAGUUCUUCGGAGGUUUUUUUGGAUAACCUCUCCGAGGAGUAAUUCCGUCGUAUAUGGAGAGAAUAGAAAAUAUUCAGUUUUUUUCCUUUUCAUGGAGCGGGGAUUAUGAGCUUCUUAGAUCCUGAGAAAGCUGGAAGAUCCUGCGUCGAUGUUUCUUCCCCAACGAUCGCUCUUGAGGUGUCAGAUCGUUCCCCUUAUAUACCCUUUAGCGUGGGAAAAACCUGGGAAUUUGUUGACGUCUUUUGACAACUCUCCCUGAUUUAUUAUCGUUUCCCGCAACUUAUCUCCUUAUAUAGUCAUUCUUUUUGUCCGGUCGCUCGGACAUACGUAUGGGGGUCACGUGACAUCGUGAAUGGUUUUAGUUUCAAUGUAGAGAAGACCUCAUGCAUUCACUUUUGUCGAAGGCGUGGUUUCCAUCUGGAUCCCGAAAUUUAUUUAAAUGGGGUUAAAAUCCCAAUUGUGAAUGAGGCUAAAUUUUUGGGCAUUUUGUUUGACCAUAAACUGACAUUUUCGCCACAUUUGUGCAAUUUGAAGAGUAGAUGUUUAAAAGCGCUAAACCUUUUAAAGGUCCUAUGUGCUCAUCCUGAGGAGCAGACAAAUGUUCUAUGCUCAGGAUUUAUAGGGCCCUUGUCUGCUCCAAGCUGGAUUACGGGUGCAUUGUUUAUGGCUCUGCGCGAAAAUCUACUCUUCGAAUGCUGGAUCCAAUCCAUCAUCAAGCUCUGCGUUUGUGCACUGGUGCCUUUCGCACCUCUCCUGUACAAAGUCUGUACGUGGAUGCUUAUGAGCCUCCACUAUCACUCAGGAGAGAACAGUUGUCUCUCUUUUAUUAUAUUAAGCAGAAAUCCCAAACUAAACCUUUAGUUGUUUGUACUGUAUCAGAUACCCAACUGACAACAUUAUUUGUAGCUCGCCCAAGCUGUGUCCCUACAUACAACAUAAGAAUGGAGAAUGUAAGCAGCACGAUCGACCUGAAAAUGGGCAAUAUUUCACAGCUCGAGGUUGCUAGUAUACCACCCUGGUCAAUUCCUUUAAUAAAUAUUGACUUUAGCUUAAAGCAGUUUCCUAAGGAAUCCACUCCAGACUAUAUCUGCAUACAGCACUUUGCAGAAGUUCAACACGAAAACAAUAAUUUAAUUCCUAUUUAUACUGACGGUUCUAAAUCGGAUGAUUAUGUUGGCUCAGCCUUUGUUUGCCAGGAUGAAAUAGUGGCAGAACAAAUUGAAUCAAAUUCUUCCAUAUUUACUGCAGAGCUGCAGGCUAUUCAUUUAGCCUUAAAGUUUGUAAUCAGAAAAGGUCAUCGUCACUGCGUGAUUUACACUGACUCAGUUAGUGCACUUCAGGCUUUGAUCUCAUAUGAACGUAGUUCUCACUCCAUAGUGAUUAAAAUCCAUAAACUUUUUUGCCAUCUAUGUGCGAGUAAUAUUUUUGUAAAAUUUUGUUGGGUCCCAGGUCAUGUAGGUAUAAGAGGAAAUGAAGAAGCUGAUGCAGCUGCAAAGUCAGCAAGCCUUCCUCAGCAUACAAUGUUUAUCGAAGGAGGUGAUUUGAAGCUAGUUGUUAAAAAGCGACUAGUGGAGAGAUGGCAAAAUAUGUGGAAUGCACAAAUCCACAAUAAACUGCAUGAGAUCAAACCUACGAUAGAAAAUUGGACACACAAGAAAUUCUAUGACAGGAGAUCUGAGGUUGUUUUUAGUUGUCUGAGGAUUGGACAUACUCGGUUGACUCAUCAAUACCUUUUGAAGGGUGAGGAGCAGCCAGUAUGCCAGUAUUGCAACUGUCCUCUUACUAUAAAAUACAUACUGCUCGACUGCUCUGCCUUUGAGAUCAGGCGUAGAGAGCAUUUUGGAAAUGCAAGUUUCAAAGAGAUUCUGGACCAGAGAUCAAAUUGUUAUAAUGUAUUGGAUUUUUUCCCCUCGAUGUGGGUUCCUGUCCGUGGCGAGGGGACCUCCCAGAGAUGGUUUAGUAACUUUUUUUUACCAUUCCUGGGAUCUGAACACACACCCACAUGUUUGCCGUGCGUGGUGUCCCGUAUGCCGGAAAGGGGGAUCCUGGUAGUUGAGGGGCAACAUAACGUCCCCAACACACUGCUUUGGCCCCUGCUUCGGAUAAACGGGAGGCUCAAAUCAGGCUUAGUUUGAGUGAAUUGGCUGGUCGUUGAGUCAUCGGCUUGACCUCGGCUUGGAGUCAACCGAUCGAUGCAGGCCGGGCAGACAUGUCAGACAAGAUGUGCUCUUCUUGACUGCAUUGUGAGGGUAUAGUUCCUGGGAAACCCUGGUGUGAUGGUCUACGGGACUCUCCCAUGUGACGGCAUCCCCUUGUUGGGCCCCACGGUGGGUGGGGUCACUAGGAGCUGAAAUAUUAUUAUUUAAUCAUGGAUCAUAAAUCUUCAAAAAAUACAGACAAACCAGAAAACAUGAAUGAAAACACUGCCAGUCAACCAUCCUACUUAAUAGUGCAUGCUACUGGGGAAAAAUCUUUGUCAAAAUGUUCUACUUUUUUGAUUCAGAAGUUAUUCGAAUCAACGAUUGAGCACCUGAAAAAAACACAAAAAUUGAGGUCAGGAGACCUACUUGUAGAAACUGCCUCAUUUCAACAGUCGGCAAAACUUUUAGCUGCAAAGAAAUUGGGAGACAUUGAAGUCACCACAUGGAAGUUUGAACUCAUCACGUGGUGUGAUAUCUGAGUUUGAUCUGAUGUUUGAAGAUGAAUCAGAUAUUCAGAUGAACCUUUCAGACCAGGGUAUCACUGCUGUUCGACGUAUUUCCAUUCGUCGGGAUGGCAAAUUAAUAUCAACCAAACAUUUAACCUCUUGACGUACGAGUCAUUAAAAAGAAUGGCUUCAAAUGAAAAAAUUGUUUAUUAUUAUUUAAAAGGAAACAUCUAUUUUAUCUGGAAAAAAGUUUCAUUCGAAUUUUUUCAAUUUGUUAAAAUUGGUUCCUGAAUGGCAUCUUUUCCUUUGGAUAGCCAACUUUACAGGGGCCCCCUGCGAUUCGGCUUCUCUGUACUAUUAUUAGUUUUGCCGAGAAGCUGCCAUUCGUCGGUUAGCGAUAAAAGAAUUAAAAAAGUUAAUUACAAAAUAUGUAACGAAGGUAAUGUAAAAAAUGAAAUAAAGUUCGUAGCUAUCUAAGCUUUGAUUUGCUUUCUUGUAUUUGUUUAAACCAAUAAAUGUUUUUUCACCACCCCAGGCCAUAAAUAUUUCGGGAAAGUCCGUCCCUUAUUAUUGUAAAGUAAUUAGCGGCAAGAAGACAGAUUAUUGGCUGAUAAAAUCAAUGGUAAUCUUUUUAGAACUGUAAUUGGUUUAUUUCUAUAUUUGUUGAGAUAUUAUUUCGGUGAAUCACCAACCUUUGUAAACACAAACUAAAAUUGCGGCUAAAUGCCAUGCUUAUGGAGCUACGAUUGUGUAAAUAUGUAAACAGUCGCUAUAAAAUGGUUAGUUUUGUUUGAUUUUUAUGUACAAUUUGCUAAAAAAAAAGAUUUGACAGUAUUUAGACGAGUAAAAGUGUUUUCAAAACCGUUUAGCAAUAAAUAUUCCCGGAAAACUCCACCUUACUAUAGUAUUUGUAAGGAAACUUUUCUUGAUGUCAAUUCGCUUUCAAGUUCUUAUUUGUACGCCUUUUACGCUCUAAUUGGUCAUUUUUAUUAUGACUGAACGGAUAUCAACCAAUGUGUGUUUUUGUAGAACUGUUCGUUCAGGAUUUUCCCGCGAAGAACCAAUGGCUUUCAAAGUCACAUGAUAAAAGUAAGAAUGUAAAUAAACGUUGAAAAAAGUUAUUUUCAUCACUUCUACCUGUAAUUUCGCUAGGUUUCAUGUUAUUUGAAUGUACUUAAAGUAGAAGAUGUCUAAUCAGAAGCUUCUAGUCAAAGAAUGUAUCCAGAAACUUAUUAUUUCCGGUUUUUGCAGUACUUUCGUAAAUACGUAAAAAAUAGGUAUAUAAUCGUUCAUAUAAUAAGGUAAUAAUCGAUUAUUAUAGUCUACUCUUAUGAUAAUGGUGUAAAUAACAUAUACAUAGGAUUAAAUAUGCGGUAUCGAUACUACAAAGUGUAUUGACCUAGAUUUACAAAACCCACCACCCCCUUCACGCCGAUCGGCGUUAUAAACUAUACGUCGUAUUAUCUUCCUACAUUGGAUUAGAAAGCUGCAAUUUUUUUUAUUUCUGAGAAUAUAGAGCUAUCUGUAUAACAUAUAUAACAGAAUAAUCGGAUAUUUAUAAAAAAAAAUUUCUUUUGAUUACUUUAAAAUCUUCAAUUGUAUAAAUUUUUGUAAAUAUAUAAUAUUUUAGUCAACAACCAUAAAUGCUGGUAUGUUAUUCAUAAUUUUAUAUUAUCAUACAUAUAAAUUCAUUUCUAUAGAACUUAUGAACAUCUGGUUUGCAAGUAUCCAGCAGGCUUAGACGGCUGAACUAUAAUAAAGUCUGACGACUUUAUUACAGUCUAGAGCAACGGUUCCCAACCUUUUUCGGGUGGCGACCCCUUUUUAUAAAAGCCAAGUGACCCGCGACCCCGAUACUAUUGAAAAAGACAUUUUUAAUUAGGUAAUUAAAAAAACAACGAAAUUAGUUUUUAGUAUAAUUUUAUUUUAAAUUAUGUCUAAUAAUUUAAUGCGAUUGUUGAAAUUGUAUGUUAUUAACCAGCCUUAAAAUUCGCGGGUGAGUUUUUGUUAAAGCCAACCUCAUGUCAUUCUCAACAUUUAAUUUAUUCCUCUCAAACUCUCAACACAUGAUUCAACCAACUGUGACGGAAUAGCGUACCUAGAUUACACUCAUUUUAAUUUUUAAAAAAUACAGUCGACCCCCAUAACACGGUAGAUACGUUCCGUUUUUUAUGAAAUUGAUGUUUUAGGAGACCUUGCCAAUCACAGCCCGACACGUGUGAAGUUUACUGAC